GGGGGGGGGGGCAAGCUGUCACGUUCAUUGCACGUCUAUCAUCGGUUCCGACUUCCGACUUUCAUCUAUGCAAUACCCGAUCGAACUGUGUGGUCUACAGAUGCUGGACGCCAAGCAUCACGAUGUCACUGUUGCACUCGGACUGAACCGCCACGCCGACAUGGGAUCAAUAUGACUGCACCUUCCUCCUUUGGGAAGCAUUGGAGCGCGAAGGCUCGGAAGAUGCUAGACGAGCCGUCUGAUUGGGGUCCUAAGGAUGGAAAGCGCAAUGCAAGGAGGACAGGGUUGCUGAUACAAUUGAAGCUUAUGUGCGAUGCGGAUACCGGCGUUCUCACGUAUGUGUGGGUCAAAGGGCAUUCAAAGCCAUUUCCAGAUUUCCGAGUGCAGCACAAGUGUCGGAAUUUCGAUGCUGUCCUUCAGUGGGUGAAGGAUCACCAAACAUAUCAAUCAGGAUCCACUGGGAUAAAGCGAGUCCAGGGUGCUAAAGAGAUGGAACAUCCACCCGAGCGUUGGGAUGGAUAACGGCCACGGGCGAAGCCGCUGCCGAGGGGAAGCUUCGUCCUAAGCUACAAGGUUAGGCAACUUACAAGGGAAGCAAUACCAUGUUGAAUGAGAAAUGAAU